AUGUCCAGUUUGCUAGUACGGAGUGCUGAUUUACCGCAGGCAAGCAAUCCCCCUGUAAUUUUAAGUGGGGUCAAUGGCCAGUCUAAAUUCCAUGUCUCUUUAGUUUCAGAAUGGCUGCGGCUAUUGCCUUUCCUGGGUGUGCUGGCUUUGCUUGGUUACCUCGCUGUUCGUCCAUUCCUCCCCAAGAAGAAACAGCAAAAGGAUAGCUUGAUUAACCUCAAGAUCCAGAAGGAAAAUCCAAAAGUAGUGAAUGAAAUAAACAUCGAAGAUCUGUGCCUCACUAAAGCUUACUGCAGGUGUUGGCGUUCUAAGACGUUCCCGGUCUGUGAUGGCUCUCACAACAAGCACAAUGAAUUAACAGGAGAUAAUGUAGGUCCGCUAAUACUCAAGAAGAAAGAAGUAUAGCAGACACCUAAUCCAUUAGAUUAUGACUGAUAAGAAGUCUUUUAUACAGUUGUAGUUGCAGGAGAUGACAUUUUAUUAUGUGAUUAGAUUGGUUUAUUCUAAUGAUUGCUGUAGAUUUCUUUUUGGGAUAAACUCCAUUUAGACAGUGCUAGGUCUCAUUGUUUUGAUACUUUAUUCUAAGAAUUAUGUCUGCUGUGUAAAACUGUAAAAUAACUAUCUCUGUAAAUAAGUCGUUUAUUUCAACAAUAAAUUGACUUCUUACAAUUAAGCCUUUUUUGUAUGAACACGCAGUUAUAAAAAUGUCACUAUUUCAAAGUGACAGAAGCGUACCUUUCUGUUGAUUUUGUUCUGCUGAGAAGCCACUUGUAUUCUAGUUUUCAGGAACAAUUUUUAAGUGCAUUUAAGUGGAGGAGAAAGCUUAGUUCCAGACUGUAUAAGCUAAAUUAUUACACAGGUCAGCCACCAACACUGUCCCUUUGUUUCACACCCCUGCAUGAAUUGUUCAUCAACUCUUGUGAGUGGACACAGAUUUGCUCCUUGCAAUUCACUUACUUACACUGCAGACACUGCUUUUUGUAGCAGAGACUUUUAUGGGAGGAAUCGUUUAAAUGACAAGCCAAGAAUACAGCUCACGUCCACCCUUUUGGUUCUGUUACUGAUUCAGAAUGACUUCGGGCAAGGCAGAGCUUUGCUGUAGUAUAGCUGAAUUUAAAAUGUGGUUAAGUAAUUGUUACCUGUCUAACAGCUAGACUUUAAUUAGAAAGUGCUUUAUUCUUCAAUGAAGGACUGUACCAGUAAGUUUAAAAAUAAAAAUUAGUUUGACGUGUACUACAGUUUUAGACAAUUGUACUACAGAAGAUCUCAACUCUUCUUUAACACCAGUUUUGAACUGGGGUUAGGUAGGUGGGAAGCCCCAGAGCAGUCUGCCAUUGCCAUUCCCAAAAGCUUAUUAACACAGUGCUGAAACAGAAAGCAAGUCAAUGAGCAGGAUGUGACUGUAUGCUAUAUGCAAGUAUUUAAUUGUACCAUGGCACAAUCAUCUUCAAAGUUGUAAUGCUCUGUAUUGGCCUUAUCUUAACGAAUGAGAGCAAACCACAAGCACUAUCAUAUUAGAAUACAAAAUUUAUAAUAGAGAAAAAUCUGGGAUGUUACUACCAGUCUCAUACUAUACUCAGUUACUACUUAUAGAUUUAUUAUACUGAACACUAUCUAUAAACAAUAUCGAGUGAACCUAUGUUAAAUCUUUAAAGCAAGUUUUCUAAUUGUAAUCUCUUAACAAACAGCGUUGAGUCCAAGCCCAAAUUCUUGUUUGGUGAAGGGACUGCUAGAUGAAAUACAACAGCCUGCGUUUAGAUGGUGUUUUGCAGCUUUGCAAUCCACAGCCUACUGCUGUAUAUACGAGCCUGUACACGCUUCCAGUUUUUAAUCAUAAUAUGUUUGCAUUCAAAUAAUUUGGUUUCCUAAGUGUGAGAAGCAAAUUGAAUCCAUCCUCUGUAUUCAAUUCCCUUGCUGUAGUCAAACAACUCUGCUAAAGCAGCACAGCAAAAUUAGCAAAAUUGAUUUUUUUUCCCCCCAGGAAGCUCCUCUAAAAGAGGACAGAUUUAGUUCUUGACUCCGUCUCUAACAUAGCUUGAUUACGUAACUACUUUUUUUCUCCCCACUACUGUUAAAUGAGAUUGCUGCUAAGCCAUCUACAAAUGUGGCUAUGAAACACACACAAGUAUUUUUUUGGUUUGUUUUUGUCCAUAGGUGAGCAGAACAUGUAUACGUGAUGUGCCUGCAAUAGCAGUAGUCAGUCAACAGGUUUUUUUUUUUUUUU